AUGGCAUCUGAUUCUGAGAUGAAUGAUGCCUCUGGAGUUGGUGAUGCCGACUCUCUGGCGUCUACCGCCCAAAGUGAAGAGGAAGCGGAGUAUUUCGUGAAUGACAUCCAUGCGGAACGGAGGUUCUACGUAGAACCAGAUUCUGAGGAUGACGAAGGAAUCUUUAUUACUCAGUAUUUGGUUGAGUGGGCUGGGUACAGCAUGGACAGAUGCAGUUGGGAGCCGAAGGAAAUGUUUACUUCGGAAGAGACCCUAGAUGGCUGGGAAGAGAAAAAGAAGCAAAUCGCGGAGGGCAAGGUGACUCCCUUCAAUCUCAAGUCGUGGGAGAAGCAUAUGAAGUUGUUGGAGAAGAAAACAGAAAAGCGAAAAGAAGAGCGAAGGCGCAAACGAGAGCAAAGGGCACGGCAGAAAAGCCUCCCUCAAGCUGAAUCAUCUCGACUGGCCAAUCCCGAUAUCAUAGAUGCCCAUGAGCCCGAACCACCUAUUUCGUCUCACGGAGCUCCCAAUCGCCUAUCCGUGGAUUCCACCGCUUCUUCGGCCUUGUUUGUUCCAGCUGAAACCCCACCACCAUCAAAAAAAGUGGCUCGUCAAUCGCUGCUACAAACAGCACCUCCUACUGGGACAACACCUAGGAACGAGCCUCCAAAACCAAGAACCUCCAUUGCACAGACAGAAACAACCUCAAGCAAGCUUCCAAACUCGCGACUUUCCCAGCUUGCGAAAAGAAUUACUGCCAAGUACAAACUCCCGGCGCGCCAGAAAAGCCCCCCACAAGCAGCAAAGCCAAUAUUGUCUUCUUUCGCCACAGGCCCAGGUGCCAAGCGCGCAUACCGUGAUAAGAAAUGGGGCGAACGACCACCGGAUUUGUCACAGAUGGAGCUGAUGAAGCCUUCUGAAUUUCCACCAAGGAUGAACAUAGGCAGCACCAUCUCAGUGGUUGGCCCAUCUGUAACAAGUCCCAAAUCCCUGGAAGCCCAAAAUCAAUCUGCUUCUGAGAAUUCAGUCGGUUUGACCGGUCUACUAAAGACACAUACUGGCCAAAUAGACGAUAAAGCUGCAAAGCAGCCACAGAAACAUGUUCUUCUCGCACACUCGUCAGCCAUGGCUCCUCCAGUGUCUCGCUCUUCAAACUUAGGCUCCACUGGGUCGGUUUCGUCGUCUGGCUUAGAUCCAGAGAGACCUAUUGGUUCUCUAGAUUCCCUUCCGCCAUCUACUCAGUCAAAGCCCAUUCCGCAGACCAACCUCACCUAUCCCGGUUCUGUAGAUUCUAUUGCCUCUACUUCCUCGUCGCCAGGUGAGGCUCCUUUGACGAAUCCUGUCGGGCGGUCAACCUCCGCCCUUACUGCGCCCUCACUAGCUCCCCGUCCCUCACCACAGGCCAAUAUCAACACAUCUACCUGUCCUCCGGCUUCGACUGGCUCGGUCCUCCCUCCGGUCAUUCUAUCUGGGGGCCGUGCAGAAGCUCUCUCGUCGGUCAUCGCCCUCUCGAUGGUCACCGCCCUAUCGACGGCCACGGUCACCACUAUCUCGCAGGUCACGGUCACCGCGCUCUCGGUGGUCACGGUCACCACCCUAUCGGCGAUCACGGUCACCGCCCUAUCGACGGCCACGGUCACCACUAUCUCGCAGGUCACGGUCACCGCGCUCUCGGUGGUCACGGUCACCACCCUAUCGGCGAUCACGGUCAUCGCGCUCUCGAUGGUCACGGUCACCAUCUCGCAGGUCACCAUCACCACCUUAUCGGCGAUCACGGUCACCGCCCCCCGCCCGUCUCCGAGUCAUUAUCGGCUUGCGUCAAAAUCUUCAAACUCAACUGAGUUAGAUGAAAAUCCAUCAGUCAAUGCUCCAGCAUUGGUUCCCACCGGGCCCAAAGCUAGACCAUCGGCUCAACCUAGUCUUUCCAUCGCUCCAUUGAUUCCCACCGGGCCCAAAGCUAGACCACCAGCUCAACCCGGUCUUUCCAUCGCUCCAUUGGCUCCAAGGAUGCCGGUUCGUGCUUAUCGGCCGUCCACUUGCAUUAAGAUUGGUAAAUACUGGUGCGUCAAGGGAGACGCUCUUGUUAACAUGUUUAUGGGACCCGACCGGAAAUUCCUCGGUGCUUUCAGAUUAUGCGGCAUCCGUACGGAUAUCCAGAAAUCUCUAGUCAUGACCAAGAACCCGAAAACAAAGCAGGUUGAAGUUUGGUUUAGACACCUAUGCACAGUCGGGGAGUACGAGAGACUGUGCGAAUCUAGUGCGACAAAUUCUGUAUUGAGUACAGGUUGGGUCGAGGGCUUCAGCGACACCAACGAAAAUUUGUUUCAUCUAGCAGAGAAUCUGCGAAAGGACGACCUCAUUGCCAUCCACUAUCCUCCGAGGAGAAGAAACGGAAACGGACCGGCAAUUGUAUUGGUUUCUUGGUCAUACGGGUCACAGGAAUUCAAGUUUCCACAUCCUGAUGAUGAAGUGCCACCUGGCAUUCCUCUACUCGUUGCCGCUCGCACUAUGCUCGCACCGAUCGAAGUUCUCUGGUCAAAUGGACCUGACCAGCCUCACGAAAGACCGCAUGGCUUUUUGCCAAAUACAUCGCUUUCACUGCGCGUCAAGGCGCCUAGGGAUGAUGGCCUAGAGUCUGGCAGUCCCCCAAGACGGUCGGACUUCCACCGUGAUAUAACAAUGAGUGGAUCCGUGCACUCGCGGGAGACGCUGGCCCCAGCGCUGCCCCAAAGCCUUCCGCCCGCAAGUGAACUCAAGGAUAAUUCAAUGUGCGCUAUCCCUCACCCACAAGAUGACCAAGCCGCUCGAGCGGUUCAAGCGGUUGAAGAUUUCAUGAAAGCCCACAAAAUCAAUGUGGAAGAACUUGCGACAAUCGAGGAAGGUGGGAAACUAUCAAAGGCAGAUAUUUUCUAUUUGCACUUUCCCCUAGGCAAUGAAGAAAUACAAAAGGAACUGCAGCUUCUUCAGGUACACUUGAAGUACCAUGAGAAGAUUCUUUUCACAAGCAACAGCCCUGGAGAUUGGGCAAAAUUUGUGCACAACAGCAGACAGGGUGUAGCCAUAUUUCACGAAUCAUUCGUUGGAUACGAUACUUUGCAGCCUCCUCUCAAUUCUGUGCUUCCUGCCCACUCGUUCAAUUUCUGGAUGGUUCGCAUUCAGAGACCACUCGAAUUAGUUGAUCCCCGGUAUUGUUCACCUAGUGACCACCGUCUACGUAUCUUUCCGUAUGGCGGUGUCAUACUUCUCACUGAAGAUGUGUUGACAGACCUAAAAGGGGUGGCGGUCACUCUGCAAUGGAUUCGGAAUGCAAAUAAGCACAAACGGAAAUCUUGGACGUUAAUGUUCCCCCCCAGGAUACUUGAAUGGAUCGAAAUGAGACUCGGUAACGAAAAUCACUCGCAAGAUCAUGGACUCCUGCUGCUCAUCUACACGUUGAUCAUCAAGAACAACGUUACGGAUCCUCGCGCAGCUUUGUUUGAUAAAGCCAGUCUACAUCACAACUCAAGAAGCAACGUUAUCGCACCCUCUCUGGAUGAAUACGGUACUCGCACAGAGCACCACGACCUCAGAAUCAAGGACAAAGUUGAACGCGAUGCAGAUCAUCUGAUAGAAUUCUUCGCAGGGUGGUCAUUGAUUAACAUACCACGCUUCCGCAACUUCGUCGCUGUCACAUCACUCAGUGCUCCCACUGGGGCACGAUGGGACAAGUGGGGUCAUAUGACUGUCAUGCGAGGUGGUUUCGGCCAUUUCUUUAAACGGUUCAAAAUAGAUUCAUUGACCCUCAUGGCCUACCUGUCGGGUCCCAAGCUGCAGCCUUCUAGCCAAGCAACUACCCCGGUGGCCAUGAGCACACCCCAGACGCCGAAUUGGACAUCUCACAACUCCAACGCCUCUAUUCAAUCGACCCUCACAGGCAGCAACGGCAAUGGCACGAAAAAGUACCCUGCUCCCUACAAGUGA